AUGCAAUUUAUUGCAUGAGGCGAGAACAGCCGAAAUGGAGGAGAACCAAACAUCGGAAAGUGUCGCUGUGUUACCGGACAUGUCCGAACCGUUGACGAGCGAAACCGAGGAAGCGUCCGCUUUAACGACCGAGCAUGAGGCGCAUCCUGUAGCCGUUACAGCGAGCGUGACUUCUGUACCGGGUGUUACGGGUGUUCCUGGAGUUGGUGUACCGGUUUCUUUGCCUGUUGGUUCUAUCAUCGGUGUGGCAAACUCUACCAAUGGGACGACCUUCAACGUCAUCACUUCGGAGCAAUUACAAUUGCCUGGGUCUGGACAAUUCAAGCAAAUGCUAUGCGUUGACAAUGGCUUUAUUUGUGAAUCACGUCACGAUAAAGAUGCAGAUCCUUUGAGAUGGAAUGGAGAAUUAAAGGCAACUCAUAUAGUUAUUCAAAAUAGUACUGACGAAACAGAAUCUGACCAAAUACAUGUAUCUGCUGCUAACUCGCAACCAAUAUGCAGUUGGUCAGAAUCUGCCAAUUUAGCAGUUUUACCUGUAAGAUGCAAAAACACAAAUGCCGAAUUGCAUAAAAGUAGAUUUGGCUCUGGAGGAAGAGGACGGUGUAUCAAAUUAGGACCAGACUGGUACACUCCAAGUGAAUUCGAAGCAUAUUGUGGUAGAGCAUCAAGUAAAGAUUGGAAACGAAGCAUUCGAUUUGGUGGUAGAAGCUUGCAAACACUUAUAGAUGAACAAAUUUUAAAGCCACAUGCAACAUCAUGCACCUGUGCUGCUUGUUGUGAUGAUGACAGUGCAACAGGUCCUGUACGGCUAUUUACACCAUAUAAACGUCGAAGAAGAGCCAGGGAUAUCUCAGAUGGUGAAAUUCCAAUUCGAAAACACAAAACUGAGAAUUCGAGGGAUGGUAGUAAUAAUGACGAAAGUGACAGUGAAGUAGUUGUUCCUGAUAAAGAAGUUUGGCCACAAUUUGUAUCAGCAGAAGGUUUAGUUGUACAACAAUCUCAAGAUCAGGAUACUGUAGUACAAAAUGUACAUCCACCAGAAACUGUACAGACUGAAGAUCUUUUAAAAAAAUUAGAUGAAAUGUCGAGUAAAAUGUUAAAAUUAGCUUAUGAAUUUAAACGUACAUUAGAAGAUGUAAAAGAAUUUAAUAGGCAACAAAGAAGGGAGCAAACAUUAGUUGCACAGUUGGGUUCUAGAGGAGAUGUUAUUGAAUCUGUUGGGUUACAACCUGCAUCCGACGCUCACAAUAAAAAAUGUGCUAAUUGUAAUCGAGAGGCAUUUGCUGAGUGUUCUCUAUGCAGACGUACACCAUACUGUUCUACGUUUUGUCAACGUAAAGAUUGGGCUGGUCAUCAAGUAGAAUGUGUGCGAGGUGCAGCUGAAACAGUUAUGCUUAUAGUAGAAAGCAGUAGUGCAGAAACUAAUACUCUUGCAACUGCAGGGGACCAAUAGCUAGUGUUCCUUACACCCAUUCACCAAAGGAAUGUAGAGGGAGAACAAUCUACUUUAGAAACUUCAAAAUUAAAAAAAGAGAUGAAGACUUAAGAUAUGAAAAUUCCUGGCUAAUGGAAGUAUAUAAAAUUUUGUAAAUAUUAUAGUGGCUAUUUUUUACAUAAGUUAUAGUGUAAUUAUUUAAAGACUACCAGUGAAUGUGUAUAAAAGCAUAUUAUGUUGUUGAAAACCACAUUUAUGCAUAAACAUAACUGUAUAAAUAAUUUUAUAGUACAUGUUAUACCUACGAAGGAAAGAAAGUUCAUUGUAUAUAUGUUACUUACAAGGAGAGGCCGCAAUGGACAGAUCAUAGGUUUUGAUAUUCUUCUAUGUAGUAAAUUUACAGCAAAUAUAAAUAAGUUCUGCUAGAACUUUUGAUCCCAUUGAUCUUGUAAAGAAUGUUUUUUAUAUUUGAAAUUUAGAGCAAUUAAGCUUGUAAGAUAUAUUGAUGUGAGAUAUUAAUGAAAAAUUUGCUAUUGGCCAGUGCCAAUGAGAUUAAAAGCUCUGGCAGAACUUAUUUAUAUUCGUUACAAAUUUGCCAUAAAGAAAAUCAAAUUUCGUGACGAGUUAAUUGUGGUCUCUCUUUGCUAGAUAUAAAUAUCUUGACUCGUUCGUAAAAGUGUAUAUUUGGAUCGAAUGUUAAAAUGAAAAAUGACCAAAGGAGAGGUAAUCUUUAAGAAGCAAUAAGAUCAUUUAGAUAUUGGGUUAUUCAGAUAUUUUUUAUUGAUUUGUAAUAAAAAUUUAAUAGUAAUUUUUUAUUUUUGCUAAUAUUAACCUUUUCUCCACGGCAUGCUUGUAAUAAAAUGUGAUCCUAGUGAAUGGAAUGCAUUACUUAAAAAUCGAUACAAACAGCUAAAGCACAUUAUUGAAAACAAUGUUGUCAAACACCCAACUUGUAUUAUUUUACAAUUUUACAGAAACGUCAAUUAUUUAAGCAUGUGUGUUUUAUAAAUGCAUGUCAAUACUUCAAGAAAUAUAUCUACACACUAUAAUAAGUAUAAAAUUUUAUAUGAACAUUUGUCCGUUUUUGAAUUAAGCAUAAUUAAAAAAUGUUUGAAGUGUCUGCCUCUUACCCCAAUCGUUCUUAUAAAUGGAUGAAAACAUUCUAUAUUCUAGGAAAGUUUUAUUUUUAUAAUUGAUGUACUUUUUUUUGUUUCCAUAGACAAAGAUUUUAUGAUUUCCAGUUGGGUCUGUACUUAAUAAGUCUACCUUUGUUCGAACUUAGUAACAAAGAAGGUCUCAAGUAUUUUAGUUUGUUGAGUUUCCAAGAAUAGCAUAAGGGACAAUGUUUCUCGAAUAUCUUAUAAUAUUUUCAUAUGAUUAACGUGUAUCAGACAAUAUGUUCAUAUAUUUUUCCUUAUUUUGAUGUGUAAAAGUAUAAGUAUUAACACUAUGUAUACCUAUUUUUACCACGAGCGGUCGAAUGACCGUUUUAACAAAAAACAUAUCUUCAUAUAAAAAGAAACUUUAGCCAAUUGGAUAGUGAACAAUAUAUUCUCUUUUAUUU